AUUAGAAAAAAAGAUAAAGCCAAGAUACUUUGUACUCAAGGGAAGGCACAUUGAAUGUAGUUUAAAGGAUAUGCUGGGAAAAAAUGAUGAGGAAUUUGCUGCAGAAUUUAUGGGUGUGGGUCUUGGAGGGAUGCUUGACCCUCCUCUCUGUUCUGAGAAUGUGUUGGAUUGUUGAGUAUUACAAAGGAUAAGAAGGUAGAGCUUCUUACCGAUGAGGUUGAUGGAUUGAAAUUCAAAUUAACGGAUGGUGUUGAUAUAGCAAAAGAUGGUACCAUUUAUUUCACAGAUGCUUCAUACAAGUACUCAUUAAAGGACCGCUUCUUAGACUUGUUGGAGGGUAAGCCUCAUGGUAGAUUCAUGAGUUAUGAUCCAACAACAAAGAAAACAGAAGUGCUUGUCCAUAAUCUCUACUUCCCCAAUGGUGUUGCUGUCUCACCAGAUCAGCAAUUUGUCAUCUUUGAAAGUGUUCAGAUGAAGUGCAAGAAAUAUUACAUAGAAGGCCCUAAGAAAGGAAGUGUUGAAAAAUUUUGUGAUAACCUACCUGGCUACCCUGAUAACAUUCAUUAUGAUGAACAAGGGAUCAACCCCAGAACUGGAUAUAAUAUUCAGAUACCCUUUGAUUCGGAAGGCUUUAGGAAUGUUUGCAAAGUAUGUAACAAAAAUGAAGGAGUUAUAUCUGUAGAUUUGGAUGGAAAACCCAUUGGUCACUAUUCUGAUCCCAAAUUAGCACUAGCAAGUGGAAUUAAAAUUGGUGAUCACAUUUAUUGUGGUUCCCUUUUUUAUCCCUUUAUACUACGUCUUGAUGUGAAGCAAUAUCCUGCUAUCAACUCAUCAUCUUCAAAAAAAAUUAAGUUAUAUAUAUUAUGCACAUUAUUCAACUUUUUAGUUCUAUAUGGACUAUAUGUUGUAUGUUGUGUACAUUCUAAUCUUAUAAUAUUUGUAGGUGAAUUCUACUCUACCCUUUCUAAAAUAGAGGGUAAAUUACCCCUUGUGACAUAUACAAUGAUUAUUCAUAAAUUAUUCUUCUACCAGAGUUUUAAGAUUCACGUUAUCUUCUCUUUUCUUUUCAAUUAACGCGAUGUUUCUCUU